ACACUGCCUCACAGAGGUGGUGUCAUCGAUUGAAUCGCUUCUUUAGCUCUACCAUCUCGAAUCCCUAACAUUAUUUUCUGUACUCCUAAAUCUUUUCUUCAAUCCUAAUAUCUAUUCAAGAUGAAGUUCACUCAGUUCAUCCCUUUCCUCUCCCUAGCUUCGGCGUUCGUCAUUACAGACGAAGAAGUCUUUCAAGAGAUCGAGAAAUCCGGAAGACAUUUCCUAGACACUACACAGAACGUCUUGGACGAUGCUCUAAAUAAAGCAACAGAAGCAGCGAAGACUGUCGGCGAAAAUGUCUAUCAGAAGAUUCAUCAUGCUGGCUGCGACGUCGAGUCCUGGCUUGAAGGAUCCCCAUAUGUUGACGACAGCUUCGAGGAGCUUGACGAUGAACCCCACCAUCCGCCUCACCACGGUCCACCUCAUCACAAGAAACCACACCACGGCAAACCGCACCAUCCACCUCAUCACCAGAAGCCCAACAUGUCAGUCUACGAGCUCAUCAGCAAGAGCAAGUAUACAACUAAAUUAGCGAAACUGAUUGAUGAGUAUGACGACCUAGUUGAGGCUCUCAACGGCACGAAGGCAAAUUACACAGUCUUUGCACCAAUCGAUUCCGCGUUUGAGAAGAUCCCAGAACACGGCAAGAAGCCAUCCAAGGAAUUCCUCAAGAACCUACUUCUCUACCAUGUCUCCGACAGUUUUUAUCCCGCCGGCCGUGUUCUUCAUAGCUAUACUAUUCCUACCCUCUACAUCCCAGAAGACCUUGGUCACGCCCAGCGUCUCACCGUCCGCGUAUCCCUCAGGGGACCAACUAUAAACUUCUACAGCAAGGUUGUAGCAGUCAACAUCUUUGGCACUAAUGGCGUCAUCCACGGUGUCGAUUCCAUUCUCGUCCCACCACCCCGCGUUGUUGACAUCAUCGAUCUUCUCCCUGGCGAAUUCAGCACCCUUGAGCUUGCGCUCAGCAAGACCGGCCUACUUGACAAGAUGAACAGCACUAAGUACCCCCAUGAAGGCGGAACAUUCUUCGCACCAUCAAACUUUGCAUUCAAGAAGCUCGGUCCCAAGAUUAAUGCUUUCUUGUUCAGCAAAUUCGGACAGAAGUACUUGAAAGCGUUGCUAGAGUACCAUGUUGUUGUCAACCAGACGCUGUACUCCGAUGCUUUCUACGAUGCAUCGUCGACGAAUUCUAUCUUGACCGAUCGUCCACCGUACUUCCAUUUCGAUCUACCCACCGUUUUGGGCAAACCAUUGGCUGUCGAUGUUGCGAGAUAUGGUCCGUUUAUCUCAAUCAAGAUCAAUGGUUUCUCCAGAGUUACGAUCCAUGAUGGUGUUGCGAAGGAUGGUGUCAUUCAGGUCGUCAGUGAUGUUCUCAUUCCACCUAGGAACAGCGCGACGGAUGAAGGUCUUUGGAUGGGAGAGGAAAUGAGCAUUGAGGAGUUUAAGGAGAGGCUUGAGUCUUUCCUUGACGAGGGGAAUCAGGAGUUGUAAAGCAGAAAGUAACACUCCUGUCGUGCUGUGGGUGGGAUCUAUUUGGACUGGAGAAUGAGGCCUCGCUCAAUACCGUUUGAGAGAACGAGUUUGGGUAUCCUAAGGGACGACGACAUAGCAGACUGCAGGACAUUGACUUAAACCAUUAUUCUAUUGACCUGAAGUCUAUCUCGACUCAUCAUAUACACUU